AGUCACUCUCUUUUUCUCUCUAUAACAAAAAAAAAAAAAUACUUAGUUCAACAGUUCAACUUUUUCUUCAUAAGGGAAAUUUGUGUUCUUGAAAUUAAAUUUGCAUUGGAGCUCAGAAGAGAAAGAAAAAGGUGUCUGAUUUUACAUUAAGCAGCAUUGGUGCUGGAAAGGAUUCUUUUAUCUAUUGGAUGCAAUGUUGAAGAAAGUAGUAUCGUGGUUGUUGAUUUUAUCGAUCGUUGCUUCCUUAUGGGUUGUUGAUGGCUAUGUUGAAUGUAAUUGUGAUGAUAAUGAUGCAUUUUGGAGCGUGGAAACAAUUUUAUUUGUCCAAAAAGCCGGUGAUCUCGGUAUAGCAGUAGCCUAUUUUUCCAUCCCAAUUGAGAUCAUCUACUUUGUUAGCUGUUCUAGUUUUCCGUUCAAAUGGGUGCUCUUUCAAUUCGGAGCAUUCAUUAUACUUUGUGGGUUAACACAUUUUCUCAACUUCUUGACUCAGUUUGGUCAAUACACAUUUCACCUUGUGCUUGCCCUUAUUAUUUGCAAACUACUCACUGCAUUAGUCUCGAUACUCACUGCUAUAACACUUAUAAAUCUCAUCCCUUUGCUGCUUAAAGCCAAGGCAAGGGAGUUUAUGCUGAAAAGAAAGAAUCGGGAUCUUGAUCGAGAAGUUGGAAAAAUAAAACGAAAAGAGGAAGUUGGACUGCAUGUUCGGAUGCUUACCAAUGAGAUACGUAAGUCACUUGAUCGUCAUACAAUACUCUACACAACUCUUGUUGAGUUAUCGAAGUUAUUGAGUUUGCAGAAUUGUGUUAUAUGGAUGCCUAAUGAGGACAGAACGGAGAUGAAACUGACUCAUGAUACUACAAGAAAGAAUAUUUCCAGUAUGAAUAAUAUGUCUAUCCCAACCAGUGAUCGAGAUGUACAAGAGAUCCAGGCUAGUGAUGUUGUAAAGAUACUUGGUGCGGGCUCCCGACUUGCUGCUGCAAGUAGUAGGGGGAGUUUUGAUCCCGAAACUGUGGCUGCUAUUAGGAUUCCAAUGCUGAUGAUCUCGAAUUACAGAGAUGAAACUCCUGAGAUUGUCUCGCAAUGUUAUGCUAUUCUCGUUUUGGUUCAACCUAGUAGACAUGGUAGGUUUUGGCUUAACCAGGAAAUUGAGAUAGUCAGAGCUGCAGCCGAUCAAGUUGCUGUGGCAUUGUCCCAUGCUGCAGUGGUUGAAGAAUCUGAGCAUAUGAGAAACAGAUUGAUGGAACAGAAUCAAGCAUUGCAGAAAGCAAGAGAGGAUGCUCUCAGGGCAAGUCAAGCAAGGAGUGCAUUUCAGACGGUUAUGAGCCAUAGGUUGAGAAGACCGAUGCACUCAAUUUUGGGUCUGCUCUCGAUGUUGCAGGAAGAAAAGUUACAUGAACAACAACAGCUUCUUGUGCAUUCUAUAAUUAAAAGCAGCAACGUUGUGUCCACCCUGAUGGAUGAUGUGAUAGUCACUUCAACCAAGGACAACGUGAAAUUCCCAUUGGAAAUGAGGCAUUUUCAGCUACAUUCCUUGAUCCGAGAAGCUGUUUGUCUCGCCAAAUGUUUAUGUAUAUAUAAGGGUUACAAUAUUACCAUUGAGGUUGACAAAUCUUUGCCUAAUCAUGUUAUGGGUGAUGAAAGAAGAUUUUUUCAAGUUUUGCUUCAUAUAGUCGGAAAUCUUUUGAAUGGCACCAACAGAGGGCAUCUUACCUUUAGAGUUCUCCCAGCAAGUGAAAAUGAUGUAAGUUGGAAAACACCGAGAUCAAACUCAUCUAGAGACAAUGUCUAUAUCAAGUUCGAGAUUUGCACAAAAAUUAAUCGAUCUCAGUCAGAGAUCUCCCCUUGUCCUCCGACGUACUGCAGUGAGGAGCUUGAGGAGAAUUUGAGCUUUGCUGUUUGCAGGAAGUUGGUUCAUUUGAUGCAAGGAGACAUUUAUGUAGUCCGAAAUGCAGAAGGUUUUGAUCAAGGCAUGGCUGUCAUUGUCGGGUUCCAAAGGCAGCCAUUAAUUCCCAUAGGCAUGUCCGAAUAUGGGGAAUCGUCUAAUCCCAUAUAUACACAUUCUGUUCUAAAUGGAGUGAAAGUUCUGUUAGCUGACUAUGAUGAUGUGAAUAGAACUGUAACAAGGAAGAUGCUCGAGAAAUUGGGAUGCAUCGUUACUGUAGUUUCAUCUGGAUAUGAAUGCCUCAGUGCUGUUGGACAAGUUGUGUCCUUGUUACAAAUUAUACUUUUGGAUCUUCACCUGCCUGAUGUUGAUGGCUUUGAAGUUACCAUGAGACUUAGAAAGCAUCGAAGCCAGAGUUGGCCUUUGAUCAUCGGUUUAGCUGCAAUUACUGAUGAAGAUGUCAAAAAAUGCCUGCAGAUCGGAAUGAAUGGCAUCAUCUGUAAACCGUUGCUCUUACCAGGACUCGCCGAUGAGCUUCAGAAGGUUCUGCUUCUGGCAAGCAGAGGAAUGCCAUAAUGGUAAGGUUUGUGAUAGACCAUAGUAAGACAGUAAGUUUUUUAAGGUACAAAUAUGCUAGAUGUAAAAAUAGAAAAAAAAUGUAAAAUUGGUAUAUAGAAACUUUUAUCUUCUUUUAUGUUGAUAUAAAAUCUUUAUGU